CCUUGAUUGUGACGGAGAAGGACAUAAGUCAACCCAAAAGGGACCACGUUCACAGUGUAUAUGAGAAAAUUGCUCCUUUCUUCAAUGAUGCACGCUACAAGGCACAGCCAAAGGUGCAGCAGUUCAUUUCAGAGCAGGAACCAGGCAACCUGAUUGCUGAUAUUGGCUGCAGAAAUGGCAAAUACCUUCACAUCAGUUCUCGAGUCCAUAAACUGGGUUGCGACUACUGUUUCCCGUUGGUGGAUUUAGGCCAUGAAGCAAUGGUCUGCCAUAGCUUGUGUCUGCCUUAUCGAAGUCAAUGCUUCCACGCUGUCCUGUCCAUCGAUGCAAUUCACCAUUUUUCGAUGGAAGAGAGGCUCAUGCGAGCAAUAAAAGAGAUGGCUCGCAUCUUGAGAGUAGGAAGCCAGAUAAUGAUAUAUAUGUGGGCAAUGGAGCAAAAACGGAGAAGAUUUGAAAAGCAAGAUGUCUUUGUUCCUUGGAAUCCUUCACCUCCUUCCUGCUCCUCAGGUGAGCCUUGCUCAUGUGGAGUACAAAAAUCAAUUCUUCACAAGGACAAAGAGCUGGCUUUGAACCAGCCCUCUCAUAAGUCGGACGGGACUUCAGAGAAAGCAGUCAAUGAGGGCACCUUGACCACGCAGAGCCAGCAGCGGACGGGUCCUGGUGGGGCCUGGCUGAAGACCUACUACCGCGGUUUUAAGGAAUGGGAGUUGGUGAUAGAGCAUCAUAUUCCUGAGCUACAUAUUACUCAUUCAUACUUUGGUGCGUGA